CAACGUGUCACAGCUCUCUGGAAACAUAGGAAGUAGAAUUUAAGCGAAGUUUUUCAGGGGCUAGCGUACCACAUAUUUGUUGCAUGAUAUCAAAUCUAUGAUCUACAGAUGAUAUUGGCUUUUUGACAGAUGAUUUUGGCACGAUCGAGUCCUGGAUUAGUUUUUUGCAUCCUCUUCAUAAUAUUCUAUUUCACAAACAAGUAUGUCCUGUCCGUAUUGAAGUUUACAUAUCCCACCCUUUUUCUGGGGUGGCAGACCUGCACUGGAGCCCUUCAGCUGUUGGGGACUUGGAAGUUGGGAUGGGUGGAGAUAAACGGUUUUUCCAGAUCCACAGCUCUGCUCUGGCUCCCUGGGUCGGUCUUUUUCUUAGGGAACAUUUAUGCUGGAUCCAAAGCCUUGUCCAUCCUGCCAAUCCCCUUCUUUUUUGUGCUGCAAAAUGUGUCAGAAGUGGUCUUCUUCAUCAUCAAUAGAGUCACCCAAAGAGAGAGAUCAUCAUGGAUAAAAAUAUUCAGUCAAACAUUGAUGCUGAUGUCAGCUUUUAUCCUCAUGCUGCACAAUCCUCAGUUUGGACCAAAUGGCUAUAUAUGGGCCUCCAUCCACCUUUUCUGUAUUGGGUCAUACCGAGUGUUCCAAAAGAAUUCAAAGUCUGGUCUACUGAGUGAUUUUGAACAGCAUUUAAUCAACUACUUAGUCAGCAUAUUCCUGUUAGCUUCAGCUGCCCAUCCAACAGGUGAUCUUUUUGGUGCCUUGGAAUUCCCCUUGCUCAUGUCCUAUAAAUUUCAUGGUGGAUGUUUUGCCAGUGCUGUAUUUGGCUUUCUCCUGCUGCUGGCAUCAGUAAAGUUGAAGAGUGGCCAAUCUUUGGUACAGUGUGCCAUCUGGGUCUUAGUGGCUAAGAUACUGGCCUCUGGACUGUCCAUUUUCAUAUUCAGCACCAAGCUCAGUCCCUUAACAGUAUACUGCAUCCUUACAAAUCAUGCUGGGGAAGCACUAUCAGUACAUUCUGACAGAAUUCAGGACAGAUAAGUGGGGAAAAAAUGGUUGGUAGUACAUACAGGGAAUUUUAUAAUCAAGUAAUAAAAAAAAAGUUUUCUUUCCUUUCUGCUGUUCUCUGCGAGCUAGACACCUGUUACACAGGUGCAAGAUUUAGCAUUUUCAUCACCAUCCAAUUGAAAUUUGCUCAAAAACUUGCUCUGCAUUAUAAUUCAGAGGAGAAUGCAACAUAUCAAUGAAAGGCAUUUUCAAAGGUUUGUGUUUACAUAUGUACUUAUGUUUAAGAUGUUACAUCACAGUAUGUAUGUAAUAUAUAUAUUAUAUUUUUUUACUGUAAUAAGAAUUGCUGGUGAAGUACCUUUAAGCCCAAUGCUAAGUGCAAUAAAUAUACAGAUUGUUUAAAUGCAUUCUCUUGUUAAAGCACCAGAAUCAAGUGGUAUAUUACAAAUCUAAAUUUUGCAGUUAGUAGGUUGGGAGCACUGAGUAGAACUGAAGUUACUGUUUAAGCUUACUUUCAUCACGCUGUGGUGUGUAUCCUUGAAUAGCUUUGUUUUAUACAGCUGUGUUAAAUAGUACACUCUAUGCAUGAUGAGUUCACUAUUCAUGGCAAUAUGAUUUAAAUUUCCCAGAGCUUCUGGAAGGACAAGGUUUACUUUUUAGGUAAAAUGUGUGCACCACCUACUGUCAUGUGCUCACUAGGUGUUAUCAAGUGCGUACCAGAUUUCAUCUAGUGAGCAUCAGAUACGAUUUAGUACACACCAGAGUAUCUGGUGCUUAUCUGAUUAUAUCUGGUGCUCACCUGACAGUGAAUGGUGAAUGCAUGAAAGCACGUCCUUUCAGAGGGUACAUACAAUUUUGUGAGUUUUCUGGUUAAAUCUUUUGUGCUCAGUGAAAGGAAUGUUCAGAGAGUUCUGUAAAAAGCUUUUGUUAUGCCAUGUUGCACCUUGUUUGGUUAUUUCUGUGAUCUUGAUUUAGCAAAAUACAGUUGUUUCCAAGUGACCUUUUCUGCAAAAGGAACUGAAUGCAUAAAUAAAAUAAGGAACUGAAUAAAUAAAGUAAAAGAAUUAUGCACAGUGGAUCUUGGUGCACUUACAGUAUACAAUAAAUUAGGUAAUGGUUAACUGAAUGCCAAAAGAAAUAUGCAGAUUUACUACAACUUUAAUGAUAUUGUAUUGCUGCACAAUUCAUCAGCAUCUGUCUACCCUGUGCAACAAUGGAAAAGAACCACCACAGAAUUGCCAUCUAGUUUUUAGACAGUUCUGGACACUGUAUAGCAUACGGUGAGCUAUAAAGUGGACUAGAUAAACCAGUAAAGUAGAAUAGUAGAAGUAAAGUAAAUUAAAUAAAUAUAAUUUCCAUCCAUUUUUUGCUGGUUAAUCUGUGGUAUUUAGCUCCAGUACUGGAGGGCUGGUGUCCAACAGUAUAGUGACUUCCUUGCUUAAACAAACCUAAUUCAUCUAAUGCUUAAUUGCCAGUCUUAGGGCGUGAGUUUUAGUAAGGAAAUCAUCAAACUCUCCUAGACAUCGGCCCUAGAUGACCAGAGUUAAAACAAAUGACCUAGAAAAAGAAACAUCAUGUAAAUUUUAUACAGAAUAGCAUGGGUUGUCCUUGAGUCUUGGUUCCAGUCAGUUUUUCUCUCUUUUAGAGUUUUUUCUUCCUCAUAUCCAUUGGUGAUCUGGGGUCUGGGUCAGACCUUCUGGAAAGCUGCUUUAUAAUAAAACAGCCAUUGUAUUUAAAUGCA